AUGCUGCAAAAUAAUUUCGAAGUCUCCAAUUCAAACAAUGACUCAAACAUUUUACUGGAAAAUUUAAAUAAGUUAUCAGUGUGGGAACAAGAAAUGGACAAGGUAGAGAAAGAAGUUGAUGUUUAUAGACUCAAAUUAGCACAACCCAUGUAUGCAAACCGAAGGUCAAUAUUGAAGAAGAUUCCUAAAUUUUGGUACAUCAUAUUAGCUGAAAAUGAUGAAUUUUCUGAUUACGCUAGUCCCGAGGAUCUCAAGUACUUGGAGUUUAUUGAUGAUAUUUAUGUUCAUUACCCUGUAGUGGAUAAUGAUAGUGGUACAAGCACAAACAACCCAAGGGAUUUUGAUAUCACCAUCAGUUUCAAGAAGAGCCUGUUGACUGAAGCACAAAGCGUCACGAAAAGUUUUAAAAUAGUUGUACGUGAAAACGGAGAAGAGCUUUUGGAGUCUUUGCCCGUGGAGGUCAAAUGGCCACAACAAUUGUCCAAAAUCAACCCACAUUUGAUAAAAGAGAAAACAAAUGGUGGAAAAAGUAUGACCACCGAGGAUAAAAAAAGGUAUCGGGCAGGUAUGAAGUCGUUUUUCUCAUGGUUUGCCUGGACUGGUAAAAAGCCUGGAAAGGAAUUCAGAAAUGGCGAGGAUUUGGCAAACUUGAUUGCGGAUGAUAUUUUUGUUAAUGCAUUGAAAUAUUAUAUUGUUGCAUUGUCAAACGAGUCGGGAGAAGAAGACAGCGAAGAGGAGGAAGACACCUCGGAAGGGGAAGAGUUGGAUUUGAGUGAUGUUGAGGUUGAGGGCAAGAAACGUACACUAGGGGAUGACAUUGUGGAUGCCCCAUGUGAAAAGAAGGUAAAGCAGUCGAGCAGCGUAUGA